ACGCACUUCCGGCGUGUCGGAUGUGAUGUAGCGAAGUGUUGGGACUUAUCGGAAGUUACAGCCCUGUGACAGAGUGACACGGACGGCGUCAGUCACUCUUUAAAACACGCUAAACUUCUCACUCUUUGCUCCGUUUUCACAAAAUGGCGUAUCCAGGAUACGGCGGGUAUGGGGGUCCGAUGCCAGGCAUGCCAGCUCAGGGGAUGCCGCCCCAAGGAAUGCCAGGAGGUCCUAUGGGUGGGCCAAUGGGUGGGCCCAUGGGAGGCCCCAUGCCAGGCCACAUGGGUGGUCCGAUGGGAGGCGCGCCACCCCAGGGAGGAUAUGCCCCCUACGGAGGAGGAUAUCCAGGCACGUUCGGUGCCGCGCCCCCAGCUGCCAAUGAUCCAAUGUGGGGUUACUUCACGGCCAUAGCAGGGCAGGAUGGCGAGAUCGAUGCCGAGGAGCUGCAGAGGUGUCUGACCCAGGCUGGUUUCACUGGCAGCUACUCUCCGUUCAGCCUGGACACGUGCAGGAUCAUGAUCGCGAUGCUCGACAGAGACUUCACAGGUAAGAUGGGCUUCAGCGAGUUCAAGGAUCUGUUCACGGCUCUGAACGGCUGGAAGCAGAACUUCAUGAUGUACGACCAGGACAGGAGCGGGACCGUGGAACCUCACGAGAUGACGCAGGCCAUCAACGCCAUGGGCUACCGCGUCAGUCCUCAGGCUCUGAACGCCAUCAUCAAGCGUUACAACAAAGGAGGAAGGAUCUUCUUUGACGACUACGUGGCCUGCUGUGUCAAACUGCGAGCUCUCACAGACAACUUCAGGCGGAGAGAUACCAUGCAGCAGGGAUCUGUCAACUUCCAGUAUGAUGACUUCAUCCUCUGCACAAUGGCCAUCUAAGUGCUGCCGCGCGUGCGCGUCCCGCACCACGAGGUCAAGCCGGUUAACAAACCAAUCAGUUGUGGAUUCUGGACCGCUGCCUCACAAAAAUGCAAAAAGGGAGGCCAGUAUAUUAGACUGAGUUGCCAUGAGCCGCAACAGGAAAAGUACUCAUCGCUUGUAACGCUUGCCAUAAUGCUUUAGUCUUGUAUGUCACACGGGGACGUGCUGAACGUGUAUCACAGUAUAUAUCCACGUUAGAGGAGAAUAUAAUAGAUUUCAGUGUCUGUUAAGCUCUUAUGUGUAGGAGUCUGACUUUCAAAAUAAAAGUCAGACAGCGUAUUGAAUCAUUUGAAUGUUGUGAACACAUGGAGGCUUUAAGGAAGGGAGCUUUGAUAGUUCGAAUGGAACCGAACAUGAACUGAUACUAAUAGGAUCAUCUGACCUGUGAGACACCUAUUGUGCCAUUAUAAUCUCUGAAUGUAUGGUCUAAUAUAUUACAAUCAUUUAUAUAGAUAUAACUUAGUAAUGGGAGCAUCAUGAUGGAUGGAUAAGUGUCAGCAUAUAAAGAUAACAUGUUGAUUUGACCUGUACACUGAACUUUUGUUAGAGCUAGUAUAUUUUUUUUUCUCACAUACGCUAUUUGUUUUCAGAUCUUUGGUGCACUUCUGUUUUUAUAACCGUAGAUUCUAGCUGCAUAUUCGCUCGAUGUUUAACUUGAUAACAAGCCAAAGUGACUGUGAGCUCUUCUAAAUCCACACGGAUGUUAAAGUAUUGUCAUAUAUGUUCAUAUGUUCCAGUUCAAACACAGCCGGGUUUUUGUUUUUUUCCCCCACACAUGUAACUUUUCCAAUGUCGUGAAAAUCAUAUUUUGUUACUCACAAUAAACACUUUUUAAUCAG